AUGCGGUUUGUUUCAGGCUUCCUAGCGACACUUAUCGUGGGAGCAAGCGCUCUACCACAGAAAACGCCAGAAUCUUUCGACUGGGAAAAGACCUGCUCAGGCAUUGAGGGCAAGUCUCAAGAAAACUGGCAGGAAUCCGGACUUGGCGAGUGGUUCGUCGCUUUAGCCAAUGCGGAAGAUAAGUACGAAAAAGAUAUCCAAAAGACGAUACAGUCAUGGGAAGGAGAUAACUCGAGCCUCUACGGCUUUUAUUGUUCUCCUAUGAGCCACUGUGAUGUGAACUUCGAUAAGGACCAAUGCGUCAGCGAAGAACAUCCUUUGCGACCUCGCCUAUACUUCCUAAUGUGGUCAAUCGCCAAUCUUAACAAUUGGAUGGUAUCACUUUUGACUGCAGUUGACCACACAGCUGGUGUUGCUGACGGCUUGGCUGCUACCUUGGUCGACACAUUUUCUACAAAUGUGGAGAACGUGCCUCUCGACACUGCCGGCUCUUCCCUAGCUGCUGGUAUUCUGGGUAGUCUUGCUGGGAUUGUACCCGCAGCCUCUGCGGUCGGGGGCUUCGGCAGUGGGCUUGCGACCAUCGCAGGUGGCAUUAUCACGCUUAUCAAUGAUAGACAGCCGACCGAGUUGGAACCUAAGUUUAACGACUUUACCGAAAUCACGAAGUAUAUCGCCAAGGCUUCGGAGACCAUGCAAAACAGCAUUGAGACAUAUGCUCAGUGGCUUCUGACAGAAACACCAUCAAACGACCGCUCUAAUGGAGUCUUUUACGUCGACGAUCCUAAAUCUCUCCCAAAUAUCCUUCUAGAUGGCGAUUUUGCCGAGCCAAGAACGGUGGAAAAUCUUCCAGACGGCAUCUACGUGUCGUUGUUUAGCGCUGCAGUUUCCCUUCUCUGGAAAGGAGAGCAUGCUAGCGUCGUCAAAGUUCCUCACGAUAAGAGUUCUUUGAGCAUACCUCCCUGUGAAGAUGAAAAGAUGUUCAAUGGAAACAAGUGGUGCGACGGUGAGGGAAACGCUUAUUUGUUACUCGGCUGGGAUAAUGGUGUACGCAGAUACCCCUGGGAAGAUGGCCUCGUGGAAAAUUUCAAGGAUCUCAAGGGCGUGGACAAGCUUGGGGACUACAAGCUUAGCAUUGAGAUUGUGGUUAAGGCAUCCGAGCAUGCAGCCUCAGUGAAUGGUGGUGCUCCAUACUAUGAAUGGGACACCAACAGAGUGAUUGAUCACAUGGGCAACGAUGCGCAGAAUAUGGCAUCAUUUUCUGGCUUUAACCUGCCUUUCUGCGAACUUUCCAGUACUUCUGUUGGGCUUAAUGUGCAUGACUGCGAUGGCGAGUGUCAAAUUAUGUGGGCCAUGAAAAAUUGCUUCCAGGGAACAGAUUAUGACAAACUUGGGUUUGACGUAAUUCUGUUCACCGAAACGUGUGAAAUCAUAGAUUGCCCUAAAGCAUGUAUGGGUGGCUUUGUUGGGUGUUAG